AGAGUGCCCACACACACAGAGCAGCUGUCUCCAGCCCAUUUCCCUCCCAAACACCUGUUCUCUUCCCCCUAUUCCUUUAUAUGCACCCACCCCAUUUCACAUUCUUUGCCCGCCCCCUCACUCCUCAACACAAAAAUGUCUCUCCCCAAUUUCUUCUUCUUCUUCUUCGUCUCCAUUUUCCUCAGUCAUGGUGUUUCUUCAUCUUCUUCUUCUUCUUCCUCUGUUCCAUCGGUUCAGACCCUCAACACACAGCCUCCCAAAUUCUUCAACCCAAAGCUCCCUCCAAGAACCCUUUCUUCCUCCAAGAAGUUCGAGGGCUCGUCGGACCUGGUUAACCUCCGGUACCAUAUGGGUCCCGUACUCUCUUCCAAACCAAUCAACGUUUACCUGAUCUGGUAUGGAAAAUGGGCUCAACCCCAGAAGCUCCUCAUCAAGGAUUUCUUGCUCUCAAUCUCCACCACCGAUCUCCGCGCCGCACCUUCUCCUUCCGUCGCCGAGUGGUGGCGAACUGUUUCUCUCUACACCGAUCAGACCGGAGCCAAUGUGUCUCGCUCCCUCGUCGUCGCCCGUGAGUUUGCCGACCAGAAGUACUCCCACGGGACCCACCUCACGCGGCUCACCGUACAGCAGGUUAUUGCCAACGCCGUCAGAUCUGCUCCGUUCCCGGUCGAUCACAAACACGGGAUCUACCUCAUCCUUACGUCCCAAGACGUCACUGUUCAGGACUUUUGUCGAGCAGUUUGUGGGUUUCACUACUUCACGUUUCCAUCUUUGGUUGGCUACACUCUACCCUAUGCUUGGGUCGGAAACUCCGGCAAACAGUGCCCGGAGGUCUGUGCCUACCCGUUCGCUUUGCCUGGGUACAUGGCCGGCGGGGGUCCCGGAGCACUAUCGCCGCCGAACAAGGAUGUAGGUGUAGACGGGAUGAUUAGUGUGAUAGCUCAUGAGUUGGCGGAGCUUGCAUCGAAUCCAUUGGUUAAUGCCUGGUACGCAGGUGAGGAUCCGACUGCUCCGACAGAGAUUGGGGACCUGUGCGAGGGGUUGUACGGAACCGGUGGAGGAGGUGGGUAUAUUGGGCAGGUGAUGAGGGAUAGAGAAGGAAGGACCUUCAAUGUCAAUGGAAGGAAAGGGAGGAAAUUCUUGGUUCAGUGGAUUUGGAGCCCUGUUUUGAAAGCUUGCGCUGGUCCUAAUGCUAUGAACUAAAUAAACCCACAAAAAACAUAUGCCUCUUUUUUUUUUUUAAUUUAUUAUUUAAAUUCUGGUUUAGAAUUUGGUAGGAAUGCAUAGAGGGAGUAUGGAAAAUUUGGAGGUUGAAAAGAUAUGGGGAUAAAAUCUUAAGCUUUGCUUGAGCUUAUUGUAUUUUUUUGAUUUUUUUUCUUUUUUUCCUCCCCUUUUUGAAAUGGGUUAUUUUAGAUGUAUAAAAAGGGGUGCAGGGUUUUCCUAGGCAUAGGAGUUGGGGCAUUUAGAUAUUCAGAUUUUUAUGGUAUAUAAUAUAUAUAUAUAUAUAUAUAUAUAUUUUUUU